UUCAUGGCAGAGAGAGCGCGGUGGGUCUCGUUUCAAUGCUCUCAGAAAGGACUCGGUAAAAGACACCUGAAGUCCUUAUGCAUAUCAGCUGUGAAGGUGCACCAUGAAUUGUGAAGAUCAGGGCAAGGUAAGGGUAGUUCACUCCUGGGCCAGAUUUGCCCCAGCGGGACAUGCUGCCCUUGAAGAAGCCUUGAGCGUCUUUAACCCCAUGUCCAAGAAUUUGACGGACACUGAGAGACACAUGGUGUCCUUUCUUCAAGAGUUAAGAAAAGAAGGAGCCAAGCCUGUGAUAUUAAGGAGUAAAGAUGUGUAUGGAUAUACGUCUUGUACAACAGAGCCCCUUACGUCCAAGAUAUGCAGCAAGGUUCCCAGAGUGCAGAAACCCUGCAAGAAGAGAGGACGAAAAGGGUUGACCAAGGGCAGGGAUGUGAAUUACACCGUCCUCAGUAGAGUGGCCAAAGACAUUCUCCAAAAUCAACCCAAGAUCCUCCUUACUAACCUCUCUGUGGACACUCUGAAGAGCACCGCAUCAAUGGUUGAUAAACAUUCUAAUCAAGAGCAGCAGUGCCUCAAGCUGACAAACAUAAAGGGAUUGACCGGGGGCCACACUGCAAGGCUGCAGAUUCACUUUGGAGGAGAUUCCCGAAGCACAACAAGUCUUGCUUUGAGGCGACCAACAGACCUCUCUGGAAUUCCGCACACUCCUACACAAAAUGGCAGUCUGAUGUCAAAUGUGGUUGCCUUGGGCAACAAACGUGUUUUGUCUUGUCCAAUCAAAGUAGACGAUGCCCUCAUUGGAGACUCUGCCCCGGUUGUCUGUCAAAAUGGGUACAGUCUUAAAGAUGGUAGCAUUUAUAAAAAGAUUGAAACCGUAUCGGGCAAACCUGAUGUGAUGACCAGGGGUCUAGACAAUGGGCCAGUGAGGAGACUCCAUUUCCAAAGCUUCAACUGGUCCCAUUCAACAUUCACCAAUGGCCAAGAUGUUUCUAGACUGAAUGGAAAUGGUCUGGAGUGGAAGGUUAUAAAAGUAGAUGAUUCGGUCACAGACGAGGAAGUGAGGAGGAAGGCACAGAAAAUCUUGCAAGUUAAUUUGUCACCUGUGAUACAGAUCCAUCCACUUAUUGACUCUGUAUAGACCCUUGAUGAGGAUUUUUUGUUUUGUUUCCUAAUUUGUUUGUUCAAUUUUCUUGAUUGCAGUGUUGCGCUUUUGGCAAUGAACCAUAGUUUGAACUCUGGAUUGGAGCAUUACAGUGAACUCAAGUAGUACUGACAUCAGAAUCCAAAAAUGGGAUGUUUUUUUUUUCUGCUCUCACAGUAUUUUAUUUUCCCGACACAUCCCGACACCCACCCUUUGGUUCUAAUUUGAUCUAUUUUUAGAUCUUACUUAUGAAGGAUUGGACUAAUGAACAAACACUUAUUUAUGACUAUGCAGUUCCCAGAGUUGUCUUUUUGUUGGAACCUUGUCAUCAUGGACUGCUAACUAACUGGACUAUGGGAACAGACCGAAUUUAUAGAGUGAUUUAUCACAUGCUACUGCUUUAAAAGACAAUAAUACCCAAAUCUGGGUUGUCGUAGUUGGUCUUCAUGUUUUUCUACAUUCUUGGAUCCUGUUGAUAAUGUCGAUAUCAAAGUAUCAUCCAGAUUUUUAACAUCACCAGUUUUGUAAUAUGUUAGUCUGCCAGCAUAGACUACAUAUGGUGUUUUUGUUUAGAUUCUAACAUGUUCAAAUUGGGGGCACUUUUUUCAUAUUAAUUUAAUUUGCGCAAAAUAAAUGGCCUUAUUCUUUGAGAACUGUGAAAAAGAACUUUUCUUUGGUCUUUUUCCUUCCUGAUGUACUUUGUUUCUUUUUUUAUAUAUCCCUGUAAUUUUUCUUCUGAUGUGCCAACCCUGGUAUUUAGUCUCUUAAUAGUUUUGCUGGUGCCAUGACCUCAAAGAAUUGCAAAAAAACGCAUAGUUGAGUUUUCUGCUUCCUGCCAAGCAAUGGACGGCUAGUCCAUUGAUUUGAAAGUACCUCUAACACUUGAAUGGGAAAACGCUUUUGUUGUUAAUCCUACAGUUAAUUAUUUAUAUUUUUCAUUCCAAGCAUUCAGGAGUUGUUGGUCCAUUUCUGGGUUAAAUGGUUCAUGGCCAUCUUAAAAAUAAUAGCUUUCUAAGCAUGUUGAAAAUACUGUUUUGACCCACAAUAUGACUAGGAAAAUCAGCGUCCUAAAUUGACCCGCUAUUUUGAUCCAGCACAAGGUUUCGGCAGAAAUGAAAGUAAUUACUAUGUAAAUUCCAGUUAUCCAGGCAGUAUCAUAUUGGGAAAAGUCAGAUCGUCCAUUAAAGCUUGGUCAAGGUAUUUCAUUAUUCUCAACGUUCUACUUCACCUGGUUUCAUUUGUUGAGGAUAGUUAUAAUUCACGUGCAUAAAGCAGUCAUUUUAAGGCACAUGGGGGUGGAUCUUUGCUAUCUGAGCACAAUAAGAGGGUGAGAUGCUUAAGAAUAUCUAAAUUAGCAUUCAGCAAUACCUAAGGCGUUUGGUUGGAUCUUAAGUUUUUUUUCUCAAACAAAAUUAUUGGCAACGCAGCAGUUUAUCAGUGCCGCAAACCUUUAAAAGAUAUUGUUUGAGAUCCUUUCAGGUGUGAGUAAACUCUAACCAACUUCCUGUUAUAAAUCAUUUAACCACACAUAAAAUAAGUCUUUAUUUUCCUGUUAAGCAAAUUGGUUCUUUUCAUGCAGUUGAAUCUGUGACACUCAAAAGCUGUAAAUGUCAGUGUUGUACCUUUAGUUACUGUUACUGAGUUGUGAAUUAAAAUAUGUUUGAAAUACGGUGGUGUGG